ACAUCUUGUUAUUAAAAAGUAUGAAAGGUUUUAUAGGAAAAAAUUUUUAAAACUUUGAUUUGAUAUGAAGGGUUACAUGCCUAAUACAAUCUGUGUUACAAUAAUCAAACACGUAUGUAUAAAGAACUUCAAGCUAUAAACAAAAAUGGUUGAAAAAAUCCCAUUAAGAAAAUCUAUCACAAAACUGGAUGUUCCUGCAAUUAUAGCUUUCGGCAAUCCUUUGUUGGAUGUCUAUGUAUCAUUAAAAAAUGAAGAUUUACUGAAGAAAUACAAUCUUAUGGUAGACGGAGAAACAGAACUUCCUCAUGAAAAAAUGCAGGAGUUAUUGGCAGAUUUACAGCUAGAAUCAGAAUAUAGAGUUAGUGCUGGAGGUUCUGCACAAAAUUCAAUGCGAAUUUUACAAUGGCUUUGUGAUGAAACUUUUAAAAAUCGGUAUACUAUCUAUUGUGGAGGUCUUGGCAAUGAUUCAAGGGGAACAAUGUUAGAAAAUUUAGUUAGAACAGCAGGUGUGGAUAUCAGAUAUGCAGUUCAUUCAUCUUUACCUACAGGAAAUUGUAUAGCAUUAACAACUGAAUCAUCACGUAGUCUUGUUGCAAAUAUUGGAGCUGCUGGUGUAUAUACUCUAGACGAUCUUAAGAAAAGCAAUUUAUCAUUGGAUACAAUAAAAAUAAUUUAUAUUGAAGGAUUUUUUCUAACACACAGUUUUCCUGUAGCAAAAGAACUUGUUAAACAAGCAGAAGAAAGAGAUAUAAUUAUAGCUUUUAAUCUAAAUGGAACAUAUAUAUUUAAUGAUCAUCAUAUUGCAAUUUGUGAAAUGGUAGGAUAUGCAAAUAUUGUAUUUGGUAAUGCAAGAGAAAUGGAAGCUUUGGCUCAGUCAUUAAAUGUUACAUAUGAUGAUGUAACAGAUAUACCAUUUUUAUUGAAUAGUUUAAAAAGAAUCACAGUUAACGUUUCUAAUACAGUUAAUGAAGAUUGGUUGCGUCAUGGAGGAGUAUUUGUUAUGACUCAAGGUGAAUUAGCUCCAGCAAUUGCUGUUUGGGGAAGAAGUCAAUCUGUUCAAGUACAACCAAUUAAACCAACAAUUCCUGUUGUGGAUACAACAGGUGCUGGUGAUUCUUUAGUAGCCGGUUUUCUAGCAGGUGUUCUAGCUCAAUGGAAACCAAAACAUUGCUUAGAGUAUGGUUGUAAGGUAGCAUCUUUUAUGGUAACCAGGCUUGGAGUUAUGUUACCAGACAAUGUACCACCAGAUUUAUUAGAAUAG